GUGCUCAAGCGGGGCGGGCCAGAGGGAGCCGAGACCUAGGACGGUGCUUUCAGUUGAGGAAAGGAACCGCUGGCCCCGCCCUCAGUUCUUAAGCUUUGGACGCUGGGGUAACACCCUCUGUGGUAGUGUUUGCGCUGCGGCUGCCACCUGGAGUUUGCUUCAGGUUUACCAGCCAACCACGAGGAGUCCAGGGAGGAAAAGAGGAGCCUACGUGUGGGACAACCCACAACUCAAAACGCCUUUUCCAGCCCGAGAUCGCCGCGGCAGGGAUGGGCGACAGGACCUGGCUGCCCUUCCCAGUGCUCCUCCUGGCCGCUCUGCCCCCAGUGCUGCUGCCGGGGGUGGUCGGCUUCACACACUCUUUAGACAGCGACUUCACGUUUACCCUUCCGGCCGGCCGGAAGGAGUGUUUCUACCAGCCUAUGCCCCUGAAGGCCUCGCUGGAGAUCGAGUACCAAGUUUUAGAUGGAGCAGGAUUAGAUAUUGAUUUCCAUCUUGCUUCUCCAGAAGGAAGAACUUUAGUUUUUGAACAAAGAAAAUCAGAUGGAGUUCACACGGUAGAGACUGAAGUUGGUGACUACAUGUUCUGCUUUGAUAAUACAUUCAGCACCAUUUCUGAGAAGGUGAUUUUCUUUGAAUUAAUCCUGGAUAAUAUGGGAGAACAGGAGCAAGAACAAGAGGACUGGAAGAAAUAUAUUACUGGCACAGAUAUGUUGGAUAUGAAACUGGAAGAUAUCCUGGAAUCCAUCAACAGUAUCAAGUCCAGACUAAGCAAAAGUGGUCAUAUCCAAACUCUGCUUAGAGCAUUUGAAGCUCGUGAUCGAAAUAUACAAGAAAGCAACUUUGACAGAGUCAAUUUCUGGUCUAUGGUUAACUUAGUGGUAAUGGUGGUAGUGUCAGCCAUUCAAGUUUAUAUGCUGAAGAGUCUAUUUGAAGAUAAGAGGAAAAGUAGAACUUAAAACUCCAAAUCAGAGUACUUAAUAUUGGAAAAAAGAGACAAAAAAUGCAAUAAACUGUUACAGUCAAGACCAUUAAUAGUAUUUUCCAAAAUGUUUUCAGGUAUUACCAUAAGUAUGAAACAAUUAUAAUUUUAAUGUGAAAGAAAAGUUUUCACUUUUGUCUGUGUAAGUAAUCUUAUUGCUUCAGUAGUACUUAAGUGUCUAACAAAACUUUACAUAGUAUAGGUAUAAUUGAAUGAAGCCAUAUUAAUGAUGGCAUUUUCCUAAGUUUAAAAAAGUUUUUAUAAAAUGUGUCAUAGGUGAUUUAAAUAAAUGAACUUUGGGCUUAAAUACAACACCGAACAAUGUUUUUAAAAGAUUCUCUUACCCAGAAAUUUCUUUGUAAAUAUGGCAAACAAAUUAAUUGUAGAAGUUUUCAAUAUACUGUUAUAAAAGUUAUAAGUCAUCUGAGAAUUACUUAAUCAUGGAUUGAAUAUCCUUUAAUGUAAGUAGAAGCAUAGCUGUGAAAAACAGGCUUGUGAGACUUUUAUAACUAAAUAUAUUUCAAUUUAAAAUACUAGCAAAGAGUUUGUUUUAUAUACUUAUCUUACAUUCCCAAAAGCUGACAUUGUGGUAAUUCUUUAAAAUGCUAUGUCAUACUUAUUAAAAUUAGGACAAAUUAUCUUUUUGAAGUAAAUAGCUAAAGGUUGCUCAGUCUCCUUAAGGAUACAUUCUGUCUAAGGUAUGGAAAUUUAAGAUUAAAUGUGAGGGAAAUAAUUUUAUGUUAUUUGUCAAGAGUGUUAAGUAAAUUUUAACAUGAUUAUUUAGUUGGAUAUAUUAUUACCAGUAGUUGUGAAGGAAAUAUUGCUAAAAGAAUCUGGGCCUAACAUAAAUAAAUAUCUCCUUUUCUGGGUUCUCAAAAUCAGUAAAAAAAGAACUAAUAAAAAGUUAAAAAAGGAUUUAGGUAAGUAUCUAUAACCUGAUUGGCUCAUUAUAAUGACCCAAUCCUAAUACAAAUCAUAAUUUCCAGUUAACUGGAAGAAACAUUACCUGGCUAUGAGUUUUAUUUUUUUUACAACUGUUUUACUGUUUUGAAUUAUCUAAGUUCCAUAUUCAGGUAUUUUAUGAAUUAUAAAUCCUAUGUAGUUUAGCACUGGGUAUACAUAUUUAUUACAAUUUUUACUGUAACUUUAAUAAACUGACUUUUCUGAUCAUUUUACUGAUGAUUCAAGGAAGAUUAGAAACCCACAGAGUCCUAAGUCUGAAUGCUCCAUGUGUCAGUAACUACAAAAAUAAAGCCUGUGCCAUCCUAGCUUACUGCAGUCUGUGGAGUAUUACUCAAGUAAUAGUAAUUUAGCUACAUCAUGAAUUGAAUAGAAUUUUUAGGAUAUACCUAUUUGUAAUAUUGUUUAUGACAAAUAGGAGUUAGAAACAAUCAACUUUUAAAUUCGAGUACAGAACACCUCUGUAGGUUAAUACUGCUGGAACUCCAAAGCAAUAAUUGAUAUCCAGAGAGAAUGGUUUCAUUUAUGAUAAUAAUCAGAGUGGUACAAAAAGAUUUAUUUUCCUCUCUAUGUCUUUGGGAGAACAGAAACUUAGAUUUCCCUACCCUGAAGCCUUUAAAAAAAUGAGAUAAAUGCCGUAUGUGAUCAAUUACCUUCAUUGGUAAGUGCUCCCAAGUGUCCAAGAAUAGUUCUGUAACACAUGCAAAACAAGGACCAAUAAUAUUCUUGUCUCUAAAGAGCCCUCCCAUACCCGCUUCUGUUAACCUCAUACUGAGAAGCAAACUUUUAGUACUAUAACUAGUAAGACAGUACAGAUAUAAACUACUGCAUCUUUUUAUAAAACUGUGAUUAAGAAUUCUACCUCUUGUGAAUGGCUAGUUACUGUACUGUACUCUGAUUCCUUACCUAACAAUGAAUUUGUUACACCUUCUGCACAUAUUUUGACACUGAUGUUAAAUUAAACCAAUUCAGUAACUUUUUACCAUACAACAAUAGCCUUAUUUGGAAAAGAAAGAAUUUAGGAAUACUGAGAACAAUUUUAUUUUUAUAGACACAAAGUGAAAAGAGAUUUAAGAAGCAUGUUACCUGUAUUAAUCAAAAACAAAAUUUGUAAGCAAAGGACUAAGUUCUUCAAUAUUUCAAAAGGUAUAUUAUUUGCUUCAUGGUUUUUUUAAUGUCAGUAUUCAAUUUCAAAAUUAAAAUUUUGUUAUAAUUGAGUAAACUAUUUAUAAAUCAACAGCUUUUUAUCAUUGGUUUUUAAUUAAACUUUUAAAAUACUACUCUAUUUAACUAAGGUCUGGCAUUUUACUCUAAUUUGCAUUUGGAUCAUUAAUGAUAUACUGUUCUUUCAUGUAGACAUUGAUGUAGAGGGUAAAUAAGUGGUUGAAACAGCAUUGAAAUAAAUUCCAAUGUAACUUCAUGUUGUUUAUCUUAAGCAUUAUUAUUAUGUCUUAAAAUUGACAAAGACUGAAUUCCUAUAAUUGUAUGCCUCCCCAAAUGAAAUUUUAAAAGAAAUUAAUUCAGAAUGUAAUGGUUUUUCAUCUGAAGUGUAAUAAUGCAGUUGUUCAAAUUGCUUUUUUAGUUGUGAACCUUAUUAAAUGAGAAAUGAAUACUGCACUGAGUAUAUAUAAUAAAAAUUAAAAUUAAAAAAUCUAA